AUGGAAAAAUCAAACUAUGAAUAACGUAUUCUAUAAACAGAUACCGAGCCUAAACCUAUAAGAAUAACUACAGAUUACUCCAUGUUGACUAAUAAAGACGUAACCCUAUAAUAAAGAAAUUACUUGGUAAAGCUUGUAGAAAUAUCCAAACUUUAUUUCUAAAAACUAUUAAAAGUAUAUCAAUUAAAACAAAAUAAUGUUUUACCUUAGACAUAUAAAGGAUUAUGUGAUGAUCAUAAGGUUUAGCCCAAUGAUUAUUCAAUCGGAAUUCCUAAUUCAGAUUUACAUAUAUACACACUUUAUUAAUAUGUAAAAAAUGAUUAAUAAACUGCUAUUGCUAAUUUUUGUGCUUUUGCUUAAGAAGGUAUUUCUAGACCUAUUUUUGGAUAUAUUAAAUAUAACUUAUCAAAAAUAAGUGGAGAUGAAGAAUAUUUCUAGAAAAAUUUGAAAGAAACUUUUCGUGAAAUGAUAAAUAUACUCGGAGUCUCAAAACUAGGAUUAUACUUUUGGAUAAAUCCUGAUACUGGAAAAACAAUUGAUAAAGAUAACCUAACUAAAAUUUAUAAAAAAAAAUAAAUAGAAAAGGAUACAAUAGAAUUUAUAACUUCAAAACAUUUAAAAGAAAUUACUAGAAAAUAUUAUAAUUGUCCUAAAGCUGAAGGAAUGAAAUUAUAAAUAGAUAAAUAUUAAAGAUAUUUCGAAUUUCGUUGGGAUUUAACUAUUCUUUAUAAUGAAUUUAUGAAUUAAAAUUAAGUUUUAACUGACAAUGUUUUUUCUAUAUUUACAAUUGCUGCAUUGAAAGACACAGGCUUUUACGCUGAAGUAAAUGAGAAUAUGGCAGAGAAAAUAUUCUGGGGUAAAGGAAAAGGUUGCGAUUUCUUAGAAAACACUUGCUAAAGUACAAUCUAAUAUGAUGAAUAUUCUUAUUUAGUUCAUUAAGUGUAAUGUUCAUUUGAUUAUGAAAGAAUUGGUAUUCCUAUAUUGUAAGAAAUAAACUAAUGUAAUAUUGGAUUAGGCCUUUAUAAAGAUAAAUUAUGUACAAAUCCGAAUAUUGUAAGUGAUUAAGAUGAAAGAGAACAAGAAUAAGAUAAAUUAUUUAAUUAUUCUACUCAAAGUAAAUGCUUCUAAUCUACAGCUACAAAGUCUUCAUCUACAAAGUAGUAUAAAGAUGCAUCCAGAUGUCAUUAAUUCAAAUGUUCUUCCGAUGCUUCGGAAAUAACUAUUAUUUUCCCCGAAAUUGAUUUAUAAGUUAUUUGCGGAAAAGGAGAAUAAAAUACAAAAAAGGAUAUUGAUUCAAGUGGCGAAAAAGCUAAAGGUUAAGUCACUUGUCCUUAAGAUUAUGAAAGAUUUUGUAAUUAUACUCCUAUAUGUUCAAAUUUCUGUUCAUAAAAAGGCGUUUGUGUAAACGGUCAAUGCAUCUGCUAAGACGGAUUUGGAGGAGUUGACUGUUCCAUAGAAUGCUCUGGAGUAGUCGAUAAUAAUACUUGUUUAGAAGGCUAAUGUCCUUAAGGUAAAUUCUUGAAUCCAGAUAAUACUUGCAAAUUAGAUUGUCCUUUAGGCCUAUUCGGAAAGGAUAGAAUAUGUAAACCAUGUCACAGGAGUUGUUCUAAAUGUAAAGGACCAUUAGCUAAUGAGUGUACUAAAUGCUAGUUUAUGACGUUAUUGCAAGAAAGCUAGUGUGUUGAUAAAUGUGAUUAAAAACGAGGGUAUUCUCCUAAUUAUGAUUUGGGUGUUUGUGAAUAUACUUUGACAUAUACUUGUGAAGGAAAUUGCAAAAUUUGUUCAAAUAUUAAUAGAAAUCUAUGCAUUACAUGCAAAGAAGGAUUUUAGCUUAAUGACAAUAAUAAUUAGUGUUUAAAUGGAUGAUAUUAUUGUGAUGAUUUUG